AUGAUUGAGAAAAAUGGCACUUGGGAAUUGGUUGACAGACCAAAUGAGAAACCAGUUAUUGGAGUCAAGUGGGUUUACAAAACCAAGCUAAACUUGGAUGGUUUAGUUCAAAAGAACAAGGCAAGGUUAGUUGCAAAAGGGUAUGCUCAGAAACCUGGACUGGAUUACAAUGAAACCUAUGCUUCUGUGGCUAGAUUGGACACCAUUAGAACUCUCAUUGCUCUGGCUGCUUAG